AUGAUCCCGAUGCUUCGUGAGUCGGACUGCGAAUGGUUGCUGAGAGAGCUGCAGUCGAAGGGCGCGGACAGCGUGCAAGAUCUGAUCAAGUACCUGCAGCAACAACAGGUUCAGAAUGAAUCUGGGUCCAGCGGACACGCGAAAACUUCCGGCGGAAACAAUGCGAAUGGAUUGUCGGCGUUGCAAGCAACGAAUCUCAUUCGGAACCAGAGUUUCGAGCGCGAACAUCACAUGCACCACCCACCGCCGCCACCACCGGCGCCUCAGCAGCCGCCAUCCCGUCACCAGCACGUCACCCCAUUGCCGCCUCAUCACCACUACAUGCACCACUCCCACAACCACCACCACCACCUACACCACCACUACGCUCAACAAGGCCCACCUCCCCCAGCCAAAAUGCUCAUGGCGAGGCAAUACGAAGGUUCCACUCCGCCGCCACUACCGCCACCAAGAGGCAGUGCACCGCCACCACCACCUCCGCCACCAGCCCGAGGAACAACUCCUCCGCCGCCUCUACCACCGCCACCGCCGACGCCGAACGGAUACUCUGCCGUGCCGUCGACUGUGCAGCAAAUGCUGCGUCGGAUGUCGCCUGGCCCACCGCCGCCACCAGUGCCGCCACAACAACGAAGCGGCAGUCCGUUUGGGAAACCCGGACGUCCGCAACCCCUCGUGGUGCAAAACACGCCGCAGGCGCAUCAGCAACUCACCCAGCAGCUCCAGGCGCUGAAUUUAUCCUCUGGGACUAUCAUUCAACAGCAACAACAACAACAACAACAGCAACAACAACCGCCACCACCGCCGGCGUCCCCGUGUCCAUCGUCGUGUACGUCGUCGUCGUCAGUGACGGCCGGGACAGUUGAUGGCGGACAAGAGCCGCCACCGCCGUAUCCGAUGGCGGAUCCGAGGGCAGUUGGCAAGUCACCGACGGCGUUGACGGUGUGGAGAGCCAAAACCCAGCCGCCGGUCAUCAUGCCCAGUGUGAGGAGCACGCUUGUGCAAAAACCCGUUUUGCAGACGGCCGUCGCACCCACGGCGCCCAUGACCCAGGGCUCGCAAAACGGCGGGCUUGGGUCAAGUCCUCAGAAUCCGCCUCAAUUGCCGUCGCACCCGCCACCGCCGCCGCCGUUGCCUCCUCAUCCACCGCCUUCCUCGUCGCCAGCGUCCGUGUCGGAUAUCUACGGAGGCUCUCAACACAGCGGUUGUUGCUGCACACAUGCCUCCGUCCCCGCGACGGACCCGCCGUCGUACCAGUCGACCAUCCAGGCCAUGGCAAACGGCGGCUACGCCACGGCGCCGAAUGGAAACUCCACGCCGGUCAUCAGCACUAUCAGUUCGGUGCUUGAGAACGCGUCGACGCCUUUGGCACAGAUCCCGGUUAAUCAAUUGGCAACGACGACGAUGGACUCUCCUCCUCCUCCGGCCCCGCCGACGGACGUCGCUGGGCCAGCCCAGGUCACCAACGGCGGCUACUACCACUUUUCCAGGGUCGGCCAUCCCGUUGGUGGCAACCAGUUGCAGCAAACUCAACUUCAGCUUCUUCAACGAUUGACAUUGGACGCUUCGGGAUGCGGUUCAUCUCGAUCCGCAAGCCCGGUGUCCAAUUCCGACUACGGGUCGUCCAUGCGGUCCCUGACGCCGCCACCGCCGCCGUUGCCGCCUCCACUGAACAAACGGGCUCCGCCACCUCCGCCUCCUUCGCCACCACCGAGUUCCAAGGGUUCUCGGGCUGAAUCACCGCCGCCACCUCCUUUGCCGCCGGCUGACAAGAAGCCGCCGCUGAAUGGGCCCAAGACCGGGAAGACAACUCAUCAGUCUCCGAUUCCGGAGCGGAAGAAGUACAGUAAAGAGAAGGAAGACCAACGGAGGGAGACGAAAGUGAAAAACUACUCUCCUCAGGCUUUCAAGUUUUUCAUGGAACAGCACAUGGAAAACUUGCUGAAGCAAAAACAACUCCGGGAACACAGGAAGCUUCAGUUGGAACGCGAAAUGAAUCGUGCUCGGUUAUCUGAAGAAGCGAGGGACCAAAUGCGAAAACUGCUUUCGCAGAAAGAGUCUAAUUACAUGAGGCGACCAUUCGAGGCAAAGUUCGAUGGACCCCGGCGAAGACUGGGUGAACGAGUGAUCAACUGGGAGCGAUCGUUGAGGGUGCCCAACACAGCCAAGAUGACGCCCGAAGCUCGGGAUCUAAUCCUCAAGCUGUGCACAGCCGCAGACGUGCGACUCGGCCGAAACGGCGCCGGUGAAGUCAAGGACCACGGGUUCUUCUCAUCCUUGGACCUGGACCGGAUUCGACUGACGGACGCCCCCUACAAGCCCACAAUUCGAUUCGACACGGACACGUCCAAUUUUGAUCCCGUGGAUCCGGACAAGCUGAGGCCGUCGGGAGACGUGGACGGCGACGGAGACAGCUCCGACGCACUGAGCAACGGACUCCACAAACCCGGUCACGCGUUUCUGGAAUUUACCUUCCGCCGGUUUUUCGACGACGGCGGAUACCCGAAUCCGUUUCACAGCAUUUCAGAGGCCAUUGCGACGGCAGCGAAUGCGAAUGCCGCCGGGAAUGGCGGCGAAGAGUCGUCGCCUCAGACCGGUUCGCCGGUUUACGUGGACUCUCCAGACUUUCCGCACUUAUUAGUUUAUGGGCCCUCUGGAGCUGGAAAGAAGACCAGGAUCAUGUGUAUACUCCGUGAACUCUACGGUCCGGGAGUUGAGAAGCUUCGUCAUGAACAUCAGACUUUCACUACUCCAUCAAACAAGAAGUUGGAAUUGAUGAGCAUUGCAAGCAACUAUCAUGUAGAAAUAAAUCCAAGUGACGUGGGAAUCUACGAUCGUGUUGUCAUUCAAGAACUUCUGAAGGCUACAGCGGAAGCGAAGCAAAUCAAUCCGCACGAUCAAAAAGAUUUUAAAGUGGUUGUUCUCACCGAGGUGGACAAUUUAACCGUUGAUGCCCAACAUGCCCUUCGGCGAACAAUGGAAAAAUACACUGCGACUUGCAGAAUUAUUCUGUGCUGUGAAUCAAUUUCGAAGGUCAUUCCUGCCAUUCGAUCUCGCUGUUUAGGUAUACGGGUUCCGUCUCCGAGUCAUGAUGAAAUCGUCAAGGUUUUGCAGAGCGUUUGCAAGAGUGAAGGACUGAAUAUCCCGUCAGAACUAGCUCAGAAAAUAGCGGAAAAAUCCAAGGGAAACCUGAGAAGAGCUAUUAUGUCCUGCGAAGCAUGUCGCGUGAAACAGUACCCAUUUGUGCCAAAUCAGAAAAUUCCUGAUCCCGACUGGGAAGAGUAUUUGAAAGCUACAGCAGCGUUGAUCCUGAAAGAGCAAAGCCCCCGUCAGUUGCUUGAAAUACGAUCACGAUUGUACGAACUUACAUCACAUUGCAUUCCUGCAUCGAAGAUCUUCCAGGGUCUGGUGAAAGAACUGCUGAAAAGUAUUGACGGUGGUCUGAAAGCCUCAGUUGUGGAACAAGCAGCUUCCUACGAGUAUCAAAUGCAUCUGGGAAACAAGGCCAUCUUUCAUUUGGAAGCAUUCGUUGCAAAGUUCAUGCAUCUCUACCUCGUUUUCCUGGAAGAAACUAUGUCUUUUAUGUAG